UUGUGUAAACAAAAAAUAAAUAAAAAUCCUUAAGUUAAGAACUUUAAAUUUACAUUUAAAGUUCUUAAAGUAAGUCUUAAAGCUAGUUUAUAGUAAAAUUAAUUGAGUAAAAAUAUGUUUGCAAUUGUUGCAUUUGAUACCACUUCUGAGACAGACUAUGUUCCAUUAAAAUGGCUUGAGGGAGUGGAUGUUAAUAAUAUCCAAUUAAUGAUUACAAAUAACACAUCAGUAAAGUGCCAUUGGCCACCAUUCAAAAAUCCCAACACUGUUACUAAAGCUAAAAAUAACAGUUAUGAUGCAGAGGUGAAUCGGCCAUUCUACAUAGCAAGGGUGCUGGGAUUAGCUGACAAUCUGAACAAUGCUCGUCAAAAAGCCAAAAUAGCUGAAGACACAUCUAGUUUGGAAAAUGCUUUUGAGGAGACAGAAGAAAGUUCAGGAACUUUCAGGAAAAACAAAAAAAGACAAGUGACAAAGAUCAGUUAUGACAGAGAAAGUGAAAAUGAGGAUUCUGAAAACGAUCUAUUGCACAGUGUAGAACCAAAAAAGAAGAUGUUAGCAAAUUCAACUCUUGUCAUUAAAAAGCCCCAGCAACCCUAUUACAAACUCUCAUCAAACAGCAAAUUCAGAGUUGAUCAUCAGUUGCAACACCUCCGGUUUAAGUCAAACUGCUAACCUGCAAACUAUAUUUAAUUUGAUAACAACUUUGGUUAGCAAUGUUGAGGAGAUAAAAAAAACUCUAAAAGUACAUACAUCACUACUGCAUUCUAUUAAACACAAAGUGCGAGUGAAUGAAGAAGAAAUAUUUGAUUUGCCAGAAGAUAUAAAAUUGCCACUGACAUCUAUAGCUGAAGUUGACACAUUGGAGGAAAAGUUACUUUGCGCAGAGAAAAAAAAAACUCUUGCAAAACAUUUAUCGGACAUUGGUGGUGAAGGCCUUCGAAAUUUUAUUAUGAGAGCGAUGCCUGUUCUACUUGAUGGCCUUCUUGCUCGCCAAUUCAAUUUGACAGGGCAAAAAGGAAAGAAAUCGUUUAAAGCACUAUUGCUUUGCCAAGUUUUUUUUAGUGCUGUGAAACUGAACCCAAACACAAAACAAUGCACUAUUAAAGAUAUUGAAAUUGAAUUGUCGAAAUGGUUUUCUAACGCUAGAGAUCGUGGCACUGAUGGUCGUCGAUUUGCAAUCACGAAAAUUACAAAGACGGCUCUCAGUUGAGAUUGAUGGUCAAAAAAAGCAUCUACCGAUCUCUUUCAAUAUGAUUUGUAUUUUGUUUAAUCUUUUUUUUAUAAAUGAAGAAAAAAUUUAUCAAAA